AUGUAUUUUCUCUCCGUUUUAGGUGUCCUCUUCCAUCGAGCUAUACUAAUGUCGGGAUCGGCAUUAUCACCUUGGGCCCUCAUACAAGAGCCAUCUCGCUUCGCCGCUCAGGUGGCCAUACACGCCAAUUGUUCUCCAGAAUUACCGCAUCCUCACCUACUUAAGUGCCUUCGAGAAAAAUCAUUGGAGACUUUGCUGUCCACGCCGAUUCUUCAUCAGCCCGAAUUUGCGUUCGCUUUUGGUCCUAGCGUGGAUGGCGUCGUAAUAGAUACCGGAGAACCGCCAGGUGGCGACAAUCCCCAAUAUAACGAAUUCGACAGCAACGCGAAACCUUCGAAACCCGAACUCCCGAACGCCAUCACCAUUCUAAACAACGUCCUAUUGCGAAAAUCAGUCAUUUCGAAGCUUUCUAGAUACGAUUUGCUGCUGGGGGUCGUCAAGGCUGAGGCCUAUUUUGCAUUCAACGGCGAGGACGUCCAAUACGGCAUCGAGGCGGAUAGACGAUCGAAAAUAUUGAGGACGUUCGUUCGCAACACUUACAGUUAUCACUUAUCGGAAAUUCUGGCGACGAUUGUGAACGAAUACACGGACUGGGAGCGGCCAGUACAACAUCCGAUUAACAUUAGAGACGAAACCCUUGAGGCUUUGUCGGAUGCACAAUACGUGGCUCCGGUUGUGCACACUGCAGAUUUGCACUCUGCUGAGCACCGGAAUUCCUAUUUGUACGUGUUUGAUUAUCAGACUAAGUUCGGAGAUUACCAACAGAGGCAAGGUUGUAUCCAUGGCGAAGAUUUACCCUACUUAUUUGGAGCACCACUUGUAGGAGGAUUAAUGCAUUUCACAAAGAACUACACAAAAUCUGAAGUGGCCUUAUCGGAAACGACUAUGAUAUAUUGGAGCAAUUUCGCCAGAACCGGGAAUCCAAACGAGUCACCAGAUGGGGACAGUAUUCAUGGAGUCAGACAAGAAAGAAGCAGGUUAAAAAGCGUAGAAUGGACUGCUUAUGAAGGCGUCCAUAAGAAAUAUCUAAAUUUAGAUACCAAACCGAAGCUAAAAAACCACUACCGGGCCCACAGGCUUUCGUUUUGGCUCAACCUAGUUCCUGAUCUCCACAAACCAGGUGGUGAUGAUGUACCCAUGUCUCACCAUGAAUUGCCCGAUGACGAACCCCCUCCGCCUAAACUACCUACGCUAAAUCCGAAGAAACUACCCACAACAGAAAUUCCUAUCGAAUUCAGAACACUGCAGUCUUCCAAUCAUUCGCUAGCCACUCUUAACCCAACGGACUCGGCAGAAAGAGUUGAAGAAUUGGGAGGAAUAAGUACAACAGGACACCCCGUCGAAGAUGGUUUUGCCGCUUAUUCCACGGCACUAAGCGUCACUAUCGCAAUCGGUUGUUCGCUCCUCAUCCUCAACGUGUUGAUAUUCGCCGGUGUCUAUUAUCAACGCGACAAAACGCGAAUGAACGAAAACGGCGGCCAUCCGUCAAAAAAACGAAACGAAAACGGACAAAUGCCCAACAACAUUUGCGGAGAUCUAGAGAGCAGCAUAAUUGGCGUAAAGAGUGACCCGGCAACGAUUUUGGGCCACCACCAUUCGCACCAUCAGCUGCCGCCGCCGGAAUUCGCGGAUAUGCCCCAGAACAACGCGACGCUGCCCCGGCCACCGCCUCCGCCGAAGCUGUCCAAAGCCAACGUGAACACGUUAUCCUCGCAUCAAGUGCCGGAAAACCAGCCGUUGCUGUCGACGCACAGCAUACAGCUGAUAAAUACCGGUACGCUAACGAAAAAGAACACUCAAACGAACUCUAAGCAUAAUAUUAAAAUGGAGGAAUUGAGGGUGUGACGACGCCACGUGCACUGAUUUUGCGUGCAAUAACUUUUGCUCAAACUAGAAGAAGCAUUUACUGCGACAUUGACUCGAUGGUUAAGAGAAACUCGUUGGGAUUUUUAAAUAAAUAAUACGAAAAUCUAAAAAAAAUAGUUUGUUCAUUGAAAUUAAUGUUCGUUUAAUUCCAUAUUUUGGAUAUACUAUACGCAAUAAAUGCGUUUUUCUUAAUUAAUCACGCAAUAUUGCAGUUAAUGCUUACACUAGAACAUUUAUUAUUUGUUUAAAACUAAUGUGUUCUUGAUGGGAUUCAGGGUUUUGUGUUGGAACACUAUUAUCAGUGAAUUAUAAGAAACUCGAAAAUGACGAAGGAGUUAUGUUGCUGAUUUUUUUAAUUCCACAUCCGGUAUUAAAAUUAUACUCUUUCAUGAGCAUGAGCAUGCGAGAUUAAGUUUAGAUUAAAAAAACCUACUUAAUUACCAAUUAAUUUCUCACUGAAUGUUUUUUACAAUUAUUAUCUUACAA